CGCACCUCGCACCACCAUAUAUAUAUACACACACACGAACAAGUGAACAACAUCAACAACAAUCCAGCAGCCGAACAGAGGCGGUUUACAACACACAAAAUGAGUCGUUACGACAGCCGUUCCGGCGAUCCCGCUUCCUACCGCGACCGGAAAAGUGAUUCAGGAUUAGGCGGGUAUAACUCUUCAUCUAGCAAGAGGGACUAUGAAAGUACCGAGCCUCAAAAAAAGGUGGAUUUAGAUGGGCUGAUUCCUUUUGAGAAGAACUUCUAUGUGGAAUCUCCGAAUAUCGCAAAAAUGUCGGAGAGCGAGGUGGAAGAAUAUAGGGCAAAAAGAGAAAUUACCGUUGAAGGUCGCGACGUGCCUAAACCUAUUAAGACGUUCAGUGAUGCGAGAUUUCCAGAUUAUGUGAUGCAAGAAGUUGAGAAAGCGGGCUUCACAGAGCCUACUGCUAUACAAGCUCAAGGAUGGCCGAUGGCUUUAAAAGGCCGAGAUCUCAUUGGAAUUGCCGAAACGGGAUCCGGAAAGACACUCGCUUAUUUACUGCCUGCGAUCGUGCACGUUAAUGCUCAACCAAUCUUAUCCCCUGGAGAUGGACCAAUUGUGUUGGUUUUAGCUCCGACUCGUGAACUGGCGGUUCAAAUACAACAAGAAGCAACUAAAUUUGGCGCAUCGUCAAAGAUUAAGAACACUUGCAUAUACGGUGGGGUCCCAAAAGGGCCUCAAGUUCGUGAUUUACAGAAAGGUGUUGAAAUUGUUAUUGCGACACCUGGAAGGUUAAUUGAUAUGCUGGAGUCUCAUCACACAAACUUGCGGAGGGUCACGUAUCUCGUGCUCGAUGAAGCGGACCGGAUGCUAGACAUGGGUUUUGAACCGCAAAUGAAGAAAAUUGUUUCCCAGAUUCGGCCAGAUCGUCAAACUUUGUACUGGAGUGCUACAUGGCCAAAGGAAGUUGAGCAACUUGCAAGGCAGUUGCUUUAUAACCCUUACAAAGUGGUGAUUGGUUCUUCGGAAUUGAAAGCUAACCAUUCAAUUCACCAACAUGUGGAUAUUAUGACCGAAAAUCAGAAGUAUAACAAAUUGGUGAAGCUGUUGGAUGACAUCAUGGACGGUAGUCGUAUACUGAUAUUUAUGGACACCAAAAAGGGGUGUGACCAAAUCACUCGCCAGCUCAGGAUGGACGGUUGGCCUGCUUUGUCUAUUCACGGAGAUAAAAGUCAAGCAGAGAGAGAUUGGGUUCUAUCCGAGUUUAAAUCCGGUAAAAGCCCAAUAAUGACCGCCACAGAUGUUGCAGCCCGCGGGUUAGAUGUGAAGGAUGUUAAAUACGUGAUAAAUUACGACUUUCCGGGUUCAUUGGAAGAUUACGUUCAUAGGAUUGGUCGAACAGGAAGGGCUGGGGCUAAAGGCACAGCGUACACCUUUUUUACAGCAGCAAAUGCCAGGUUUGCUAAAGAACUUAUAGCAAUUCUUCAGGAGGCCGGUCAAAAAGUCAACCCCGAUCUAGCGGCAAUGGGUCGUGGUGCUCCUCCUCCUCCAUCAGGACAUGGUGGCUUUCGUGAUCGUGGUCGGGGUUACAGCGGUGGUCGAUCUUGGAACUGAGCAGCAGCAACAAUCACACUAUGUGAUAUGCAUAAUAGGGGUAUUAUCGUUUUUUUCAUUGUAAUUUCAACCUUGUUUAUAGCGUAGUCACGACUGUUCUGUUUGUGUACUCGUCGAGUAGAACUAUAUAUCUUGCUCCUAUUUCCCGACUUGAAAUUAGUGUUGUUGAAUCGCCUUCAUCUUUAUUGCAUGUUAAUGUCUGUUGACUCGUGAAA